CUGUGUAAAAUGUCGUAUAUGGUAGUUACUGUGAUGUACGAUUGUCAUGCCGUCCUCGUUGUACGCUCAAGUCACUGCUCACACCAUGUUGAGUCUUGAUCAUCCAUGCAGUCAACAUCAGCAUCAGCAUUAACAUCAGCAUCAACAUCAGCAUCAACAUCAGCAUCAACAUCAGCAUCAACAUCAACAUCAACAUCAGCAUCAACACCAACAUCAGCAUCAACACCAACAUCAGCAUCAACANCAACAUCAACAUCAACAUCAACAUCAACAUCAACAAUCAACAACAAUCGGCACUCGAGACCGAGACAUGCCGGUCGAGCACGCAACGAAGUCUGUGCGUGCAGGCCGACCCCUGCGCGGCGGCAGGUCUGUGUGGGCUGCGGGAUGUGUCGUCAGAUGGGCUGAUGCUCACCAGCGAUUAUUGGUGGGGUGCGCGUUGCGGGAGGCUGGUGCAAGGGAGCUAGCGGGGCGUUGACUGGGCCUGAACCACGGUUGUGGCAGCGCAGCCAGCUUUUGGCGACAGAGGGACACACACACACACACACACACAUGCACUAUCUAUUGCAGCAAUUAUUCUUCGAGCAC